GUGAGCGGGCGGUGUUGGCCUGCCUGCACCCCGCCGCGCCCGACCAGCUGGCGGGCUGCUGCGACUUGCGCCGCGUGCUACAGCAGCUGGUGGGGCAGGGGGAGAGGGAGGGGCAGCAUGAGGAACAGGAGGGAAUGGGGAAGGAAGUGGAAGAGGAGGAGGAGGUGGGGAAGCAGCAGCAGCAGCGGGAAGGACAGCAGGAGCGACCGGAGAGCCUGUGUGCGACUUGGAAGCCCCCCCGGGUGCAGGCGGGGGUGCUGGUGGCCCCCCACCUGGCCGCCCGCUGCGGGGCCGGAGGCGGGGGCGGGCCGGAGGAGGCGACGCAGGGGCUGAUGCGAGACUGGGGGGGCGGGCCGGUCGUGGUGGAAACCAAGUUUGAUGGCUGGAGAAUCCAGCUGCACGUGACUGGCGGCAUGUACGACCCACGGGUCACCGCCACCCCCACCUGCGGGGCUGCUAGUGCGGGGGACAGCAGCACCCGCUGUCGCUUCCACUACUACAGCCGCAACUGCAGGGACCACGGGCCGCGCUCCGGCUUCUCAGUGCUGGAC